CGUGCGCGCGCCUCCGCCGACGUGUGCGAGAGCGAGAGAGGGGCGAACGGCGCAUAGGCUGCCGCUCGCCGCGCCGAGGAGGACGCAGCUGCAGGGAAGGAGGAGAGGAGAGUCCGGGAUCCGCCGCCAAGUGCCGCUUCGCCCGUCGCCUCGUCGCCGCUCCCGUCCGCACGUGCACCGCGGUGCGCGCGGCUGCCCGUCGCGUUCCAGAGGGUUGCGCCAGAAAUCGCCUUAUCGCGCAAGGUCCAGGAUGGAGCUCAGUCCGCGUUUAACUCGGUGGCAAAGCCUCUUUUCUCUGCUGCUGCUGCUUAAUUUAGGUGCAUCCUCCUCCAUAGUGAACAUGCGUAGGAUCACCCACCCUACAGUACAGCAAACCCUGGCAGGCAGAGCCGUCCUCCCCUGUGUCUUCACCCUCCAAGCCGGCGCCUCCAGCCAGCCUCCUCACCUUCUGUGGACUCGCAUCAGCCCGCCUGCGGGAGGGCAGGGCGCUCCUCUGGAGCAGAUGGUGCUCUCAGCCAAAGGUGAUGUAAUCAAGGUGAAUAAGGCUUUCGCUGGCCGCAUCACGCUGCCAGGAUACGCUGCCAAUCCCCUGAAUGCUACCAUGGAGAUCUCCAGUCUCCGCACCAACGACUCAGGCACUUACCACUGUCAGGUUGUCAUGGGCAACGACUAUGAGAGGGACGCUGUGCCGCUGGUGGUCUCGGGUGUGGUGUUCCACUACCAGGCUCCCGGCGCUCGUUACGUCCUCUCGUUUGCCGACGCGCAGCGGGUCUGUCAGGAGAACUCGGCCCAGAUCGCCUCCGCGGCCCAACUGUGGGCAGCGUACUAUGACGGCUUCGCCAGCUGUGCAGCCGGCUGGUUGGACGAUCAGACCGUGCGUUAUUCUGUCCAGCUGCCAGAGCUUGGUUGCUAUGGACACAAGGAGUACUCCGCUGGAGUGAGGAAUUACGGGAAGAGGGACCCGAAAGAGCUGUUUGACGUGUACUGUUUUGCAAAAGAGCUGGACGGUGAGGUCUUCCACUCCUCCGUCCCCGGCCGGCUGUCGCUGUCUUCGGCCUCUGACCGCUGCGUGUCGCUGGGGGGGCAGCUGGCCACCGUGGGGCAGCUCUAUCUGGCCUGGAGAGCCGGCCUGGACAGCUGCGCCCCUGGCUGGCUGUCUGAUGGCAGCGUUCGUUACCCGGUGACGUGGCCCGGUCCGGACUGCGGAGGGAACCGGCCGGGGGUCCGCACCGUGACACCCAACAGCACCGCUGACAACGGCACCGCUCUCUAUGAUGCCUACUGCUACAGAGGUAAAUUGAAGGAUGCGGACUCCAUCUCUCAGAUCUACACAUCCCUGUGGAAACCCUGGAGCUACCUCACGGGCUCAACUGAUGCUGACUCCACGGGGACCCAGCUGACUACGCAGCACGCCGCCACCACCGCAGGGUCCUCGGGUGGCAGCGAUGUCUCACCGUCCAACUGGACGGGACUGGUCGACCUUGAAGAGGAGGACGUUCUUCACAGCCUUGAUGAAUCCACAGAUCGCUGGUCUUCUGACUUCUCAGGCUCCUAUGUAACCCUCCGGCUUAUCCCUGGACAAAGCUCCUUAGAGUGGGAAGAUCCACUGGAGCCUGGACCCGACUCUGAGGAGUUUCUCCGACCGCCAGUUUACCCAACGGCGACGGAGAAGAAGGUGAUCUCAAAGAUCAUAAAAUCUAUGUGGAAGCCAUGGAAUUAUCUAGUGGGCACUGGAAGUGAGGCGGGAACCCAAGGGCCAAGUGGAGAGCCGGGAAAUGAUGAGGCAGCUACAAAAAAGGAUGACAAAGAGCUAGAUCCAUCAAAAACAGAGUCACCAAGUGCAAUGCCCUCGGCAGGUUCGUUCCCUUGGGGCGGACCAUGGGUCAGCCGUCCUACGAAGGAGAACACUCCACCAGCCACUGAAGUCUCUCCCACUCAUCCUGCAUCUACCCUGGUGCCCUCUACUGUUCCUGUGACUACAGAGAGCUCCAAGACCUGGGAGACUUCAAACACACACAUGAGCACUACCUCCAACCCCGCACCCGAAAUCAUCUCCUCCAGCGGGGACGCCUGGGUCCGUGUUGAAGCGGAGACCACCACCCAGCUGGGCGACCGGAGGCAGGAGGCGGUGACCUCCAGAGCCGGCCGAGGAAGAGGAAGAGGGAAGAAGAACCGGGGCGAAGACCGGGGCAGGGCAGAGGAGAGGGAGAAAAAGGAGGACGAGGGGAGCGGGGAAGUCACCGGCGCAGAGGCCAAGGGGGAGAUACAGGUUUCGCGGCGACUGGUGGGGACGAGUAAACCCAGAGAGAGGUCCAGGGAGCGGUCUCGAGAGAGGGGUCACAGGAAAGGACAGACCACCACCACAGCUGCGACUACAACCCCCACCAGUGCCGUGGAGCCCACGGCGGUGGCCACAACUGUUAAAGCCACGUUACCUCCCGAGACCAAAUCACAAGCAAUUACACUAGACUUACAAGAAACACCUUCUGCAUCUCCAUCCCCAUCGUCUCUUACGACACUGGACCACAAUGGAACACUAACUCUUUCCCCAUCCUCGUCGCCAUCUGACUCAUCAGACCUUCAUGGACAAACAAAUACAUUAUCCCCUUCACCUUCACAUUCACCUUCACCACCUGUUCCAGCAGAUCUCAAUGAAACACCAUCACCAACACCAUCCACAUCACCAGCACCAUCCUUAUCUGCUGAAUUAGACCUUCAUGAAACACUAUCAGUCUCUAAGUCCCCAUCACCAUCUAUUUCAGCAGACAUUUAUGAAACACCCACCAAGUCCUUGUUACCAUCUAUGCCAGCAGAAACUCCACCUGACUCUCCCUCACCAUCAGCCUCAUCGGUGCCGACUGUCUCAGCACCUGUGGCCACCACCUCUCAGCCGUCCCCAUCUCAGUCCCUGCUUGAAUCCCAAACACCCUCCCCAUCUCCAGCUCUUCUUCCAUCCUCACCCACCUCAACCCACGCACAUCCUUCGCCUUCAUCCCCUUCGCACACCACGUCAUCCUCGCCAUCACCCCCCCCAACGCAUCCGCCAACACAGGGUGAGGCGGUCGUUUCUGAGGACCCUUCUCAGUCUCCUCAUGCAGACGGCGAGGAUAGCUCCACUCCACUCCUGGCCUCACUUCCCUCGGCUCCAGUGGAGAAAGCAGCUGUGAACGUAUCCCUGGAUUAUCCUUCGUUACUUUCAGGGCCUCCAGAGGAGGAGGAGCCUACUUGGUCUCAUGCUGUUGGCUCAGGGGCCAUGUUACCUGGUAACAUAGAGGAAGAAAGCAGCAGAGGAUCCAACAUCAGCACUGGAACGCUGGGUCCUUUAGUGGAGGUGGAGCCCUGCGUGACAAACCCCUGCCUGCACGGAGGAAAGUGCCUCCCUCAGGGAACGGGCUACAGCUGCUACUGCCCACAAGGCUACGCUGGGGAGAACUGUGAGAUCGACGUCGACGACUGCCAGUCCGAGCCGUGCGAAAAUGGAGGCACGUGCAUCGACAAGAUCGAUUCCUUCCUCUGCCUUUGCCUGCCGAGCUACGGCGGAGACGCGUGCGAGAAAGACGUAGAGGGCUGCGAACACGGCUGGAAGAAGUUUCACGGCCACUGCUACAGAUACUUCACCCACAGACACACCUGGGAGGAUGCGGAGAAGGACUGCAGGGAGCACAGCGCCCACCUCAGCAGCAUCGUCUCAGCCAAUGAGCAGGAGUUCAUCAACGGUCUGGGUCACGACAACGCGUGGAUUGGACUGAACGAUCGCACCGUGGAGGAGGAUUUUCAGUGGACCGAUGGGAAUGAGCAGGUGUACGAGAACUGGAGGGAGAGUCAGCCGGACAACUUCUUCGCCGGCGGCGAGGACUGCGUGUUGACCAUCGCCCACGAGGACGGCAAGUGGAACGACGUGCCCUGCAACUACAACCUGCCCUACAUCUGCAAGAAGGGAACAGUGCUGUGCGGGACCCCGCCGGCCGUGGACAACGCCCACUUGGUGGGUCGCAGGAGGUCGCACUAUGACAUCCACUCGGUGGUGCGUUACCAGUGCUCCGAGGGCUUCUACCAGCGCCACAUCCCCACCACGCGCUGCCGGGCCGACGGCAGCUGGGAGAGGCCCAGAAUCAUCUGCACCAAAACCCGCCGGUCCCACCGGUACAGACGGCACCACCACAACCAGCGCCGCGAGCGCCGCAGCCACCGGAGACGCGGGGGCGACGGCCACCGGGCCAGAGAGGACGCGCACAGCUACUACUGAACCAAAUGAGCCGGCGUCCGGGCCCUCGAGGCGAGGCGGCCCUUCCCGUCGCGUCCUCGCCUGCUUUGAAGCCUCCCGUUCCACCCGCGUUAACCCCUCCCGAUGGAUAGGUUCUCCUGCUCUAACACGAAUCUCCUCUCUGAGUUUGGUCGUUCUGAUGCUUUUUCGGUCCGCGUGAACACUAACCGUAACACUAACUUUAAUUAAUCCCCCCCCCCCUUCCAUUUUUUCCCCCCUUAACGUCCGAUCCGCGUGGAUCCGUGUGUGUGUGGGCUGCGUCGGACUGACAGCAGUGUGCGUGUUGCAUGGAGGAGAGAACCCCAGAGGAAGGCGUUCCGACGGCUGCUUUGUCCGUUCUCCCAGUUUUCUGUUUACAAAGCACACGCUCACACCUCAUCUAGUCCCCGGCGACCCUCAGCUUUCUGUACUGUGUGUGUACUGUAGCCGUUCCUUUUCUUUUCCAUAGAGCUCCCGAAUAGCUGGCUGGUUUAUUCUACUGACAUGCUGUUUUCUAAUAUUUGCUAUGUUUUGUGUAAUUUUACUAUUUAUUAUGAAAUAUUUGCUAGUGAAGACGCUUUUCUUUACCUGUACUUCAGACAAAGCGCUUAACGUCAUUCUUUUCUAUCCCCAGUCCAAUAAUCCGACAGAACUAAUCAUCGGUCGCCUCUAAUCUGUACUGUAAAUAUUCUUCUGUUUACUACUCGCUGAUCUCUGAUCAAUAGCUGGGCCUGAUCCAAUCAAACGGGCUCCCCCAUGCAUACGAGCACUCUCUGCUAAUGAAUAUGUCCUGCUGACACAGAUAGGUUGCAUACUGUAGCAUUAUGCAGUUUGAUUUGGAAAUAACCACUCGAUUGUAUCUGAUUUGCUAAACACUUUCAACCUUUGCACGGCUGUAUUUACAUGAUGAGUAGAAUGUGACUAUUUUGGUCCCUUUGAUAUUCGAUCAAUCAUCCACCUUUUUGGUCUCUUAUGACUUUUUUUGUCCUGCUGUUGUAUUUCAUUCUUAAUAAAGUGUAAAGAAAA